UUUCCACGAUUCCUUCGACUUUUUCUUGCUACUCGACUUGGUUUUUCAGUAGUACUUAUUGAUGGACGUGGAUCAUCAGAGAGAGGUAUAGAAUUUGAAUCAUAUUUAAAAGGGCGUAUGGGAACUGUUGAAUUAGAAGAUCAAAUAGCAGGAUUACAAUAUUUAUCAUCAAAUAAUAAAGGAGUUGAUUUAGAAAGAGUAGCAAUAACUGGUUGGAGUUAUGGAGGAUAUCUUAGUUUAAUGGCACUUGCACAAUAUCCCCAUUUUUUUAAAAUAGCAAUCGCCGGUGCACCCGUGACCCAAUGGGAAUUGUACGAUACAGCUUAUACUGAAAGAUAUAUGGGACUUCCUGAUGAAAAUGUUGAUGGUUACCUUAAAGGAAACGUUUUAACUUGGGUUAAUAAAUUUCCAGAUGAUGAACAUCGACUUUUAAUCGCUCAUGGACAAAUCGAUGAGAAUGUACAUUUUAAACAUUCCGAAUUAUUAGUUUCGGCUUUAGUGAAACAUAAUAAACCACAUAUGUUUCAACCUUAUCCAACUGAACGACAUGGUUUAAGACAUUCGAGUGUUGCCGAACAUUUUGAAACUUUGAUGUUUUUUUGGUUGAUCAAUUAUUUAUGA